AAAGUUAUGAAGAGUGAUUUUACGGAGUAUGAAUCGACUGUUUUAUCGUCUUCAGCUGCUUCGAUUGUUGUGCUAAGAACUUCGUUGACAAUAGAGGGAGUGGACUUCUACAGGGAAGCAGAGUAUAUAUCUGAAGAUAAGAUCUUCAUAUCUCCUGUUUACCUCCAAGAGAAGACUCUAAACAUAACCAAUGUGAAUUUUAACGUAACUGGAAGAAUCAUUAGGACGUAUGAUCCUCUCAACGUCCACCUCCAAAAUAUUUCUUUUGACUCUUACAGGAUUUCUGUAUUUUAUUCUGAUAUUCAGACAUUAUGAAAUUAUCCUGAAGCGUACUUAUUUCCAGAAUUUAAUGUGACGGGAAUUACUCAUGUUCUUUCUCAGCCUAAGGUUAUCUUGAAGAGUCCGAAGAUUUUUAUCCUGAGUGGGCCUGGAAAUAUAACUAUAUCUAGUCUUGACCUCACCGAUUAUUUUAUCACUAAAGGAGAAGACAUCUUGGGAAUUGGUCUCGUUGUCUCUAGUGGCUGACUCCCUCAAGAUGGGAAUAUCCAAUUCUUCAAUGUAAACGGCAUGAAGAGCGAUCUCACCAAUUAUAAUGAUGGCUCUCAAUUCAUUUUCCAUGCUUUCUCAGGGAUGCUACCUCAUUCUCGAAGGUAUAAGACUAGCUUUGUAGAUACUGAGCUCAAGAACUUCCGUUUUGCCUAUGAAUAUGCCUUUUUCAAUUCUUACAGCACGCAAGUAGAUACUUUUGAAAUCAGGAAUUUUUAUGCUCACAAUGGAACUUUUUCUCACCAACUUGGAAUGUUCGUGUUUAAUGCAGAAGUAUCUCUUGUAAAUUGCACCUUGAGUAAUAUUACUGAGGUCGAUGCAUUCCUUCAGUUUACUUACAAUCAGAAGGUUUCUAUAGAUGGUCUUACUCUUAUAAAUUACUCGACCAAAGCUAUAAGAUAUUGGAGUGACAUUGAAGUAUCUAGUUCUUCAUAUUCUCAAGUAAUAAUAAGUGGUCUUUUACUGAUAAAUUGUAGUUUUAAGAGUAAGGCCUUUAUCGACAUGAAAUCAAACCCCUCUUCUUUUCAAUUCUUGAACAGCAGGUAUGAGGAUACCCAAAUAGACGGAGACAUUUCAAUUGUCUCAUUUAAUUCGAUUUCGGCCUUCAGUAUUGCAAACCACUCUUUUGAUGGGAUUUCAGUUUCUCAGCAAGGAAACUCUGAGAAUGCUCUGUUCAGGGUCUCUGAACUUAAGCUUGUUAACUCUUUGGUAACAGUCAAAGACAUUUCCAUGAGUGACUCUGACCUCUCGUUAUUCAGCAUCGACUCGGUCAGUGCUGAUGGAACAGACAGAGAGAUUGUUAUUGAAAACUUGAGCAUCAAAAACUCUUAUAUAGAAUCUCCAAGAGUAAUAGUUGCGACAACAGGGUUUAAAUCUACUGAUGAAGUUAGAUUGAUCUUCAAUAAUGUCAAUGUAGAUGGAAUCAGAUUCAAGAAUGUUGGGAGUAUUUUCCAAUUUUCUCACAGAUUGAAUAACCCUAUCGUUGUUCAGAAUUCAAUUUUCCAAGACUUAAGCUCAGCAAAUAUCAUGAUUGAGGGAUCAGGCGAUUCCAGUUCAGAUUUGGACACUGCAGUUAUUCUACAAAAUUGAACAUUCACCAAUAUUGUGAAUCCCAAAGGAUCACUGAUUGAGAUAACUGGAAGAGGAUCAUUGCAAAUACUUUCUAGCAAUUUCACACAAAUCACAUCAACUGGAGUUAACUCUGGAGUUAUCUUGGUAUCAGAGAGCUCAGAGGCCUUCAUUAAUGAUUGCUCAUUUUCGAACAAUUCUGCUCUUGCUUCAUCAGUGUUCAAAAUUAUCUCUGAAGGAGCGAUCAUCUGAACUCAGUGAGAAGUUUCAUAUAACUUUGCUCUUCAAUCAGGAGUGUUUGAGGUAGAUUCAAGUGGUAGAAUUUCAUUUGUUGAUGCUGAAAUUCAUCACAAUUAUGGAAUUCAAAACUCAAUAGGGCAUAUCCUUGAAACCAUGUAUUCUUCAGAGUUCUCUAACUGUUCCAUCCAUCACAACACUAAUGUUGACAAUGAAGUUGUUACCAACGCAGUGAAAGGAAAUUGAGAGGAGUUGUGCAUGAUUAGCCAAACUCUUAUAGGGCUUUUAGGUAAAAAUCCAUCAAUGGUCACAAAUAUUGUCCCAUCAAUAUACUCUCUUGAUGUAGUUACUGGAUUAAUUGAGAUUCGUCAUCAAACCAGGAUUUUCGAGCAACCCCUAUUUUUGAAUGCAUAUCUUUCAGGUGCCAAAUUCUCAAAUUGAUCUAUCACAUCAGUGACACUGACCAGGCCAUAUUUAUUUGCAACUUCUUCCAAUAUUACUCUUGACAAUAUGGAGAUUCAUUCUGCAUUGAAGAAUGAAAUAGGAAUUAUUGUCGAAACUCUUGACUCAAUUGUUUCAAUGUCCAAUAUUUCUUAUUCUGAGUCAGAUUGCACUCUUCUCUUGGCAUUAUCAACUGAAGUAUAUUUAUACAAUCUUAGUUUGACAAACAUUCAGCAAGCAAAUGAUCUGAUAAGACUGGCGAGGUCUCCAAAAGGAGAAAUUAACAACAUUAAUAUUGUGGAUUCAUCUUCAAAGACAGACAGAGUUAUCAUGAUUGAGCUUUCAACUCAUUUAAUCAUUCGCUCUGUCAAUGCAUCAAAGUAUCAAAAGACUUUUCUGAGAAUCCAAGGUUCUCACAUUGGAUUGAUAGAGAAUCUUCAUGUGGUUCAACAUUAUAGAGGUCUUGAAUUGGUCAACACACAAGUCGCUCUCAUUGCAAACUCAACUUUUAUUGGAUCUGGGAGUUAUAAUUUACUGAAUGCAGGUGCAGUUUACAUUCUACAGAGUAAUGUAACUUUUUCUAACACAAGUUUUAUUGGAAACAAAGCCAUGACUGGAGGUGCUAUUGCUUCGCUCUGAACUUCAGCUAGCCAUUGAUUUGUCAAUGUGAAGAACUGCACAUUCACAAACAACAUUGCUAUAGAAAAAGGAGGAGCCAUUUACUACAACUACAGGCCACCUUAUUUCGAUGAAUACACCAUUUUAGCCAACAACUCAGCUAAAUACGGAGAGAAUAUUGCGAGUUACCCUGUUAUGGUGGCACAAGCAGAGCAACACAACUCUUCUAAAAUUAAAAUUGAAGGAGUCUCAUCUGGUAUAAUCAUAGAGCAGCCGUUGGUGUUGAACCUUGUAGAUGGAAACGGGCAAGUAAUGUUGCUAGAUAGUUCUUCACAAAUGAGCAUCCAAGCGAGAUCCUCCAAUUCUUCAAUUAAAGGUAUUAAUGUUGUAAAAGUCCAGAAUGGAUCUUCAAAGUUUGAUAGCCUUAUUGCAGUAGCUCAACCAGGAAGAUCAAAUGUCAAGUAUAGCAUUUUGUCUAAAUCUAUCAACGAAGCUAAAGUUAAUGCUGCCUUUGGAGGCUCAAUAGUUCAACCUGAUAUUGUAGUAGACUUCACUUUCUGAAAGCCAGGAGAACAAACAAUCGGAAGCCAAUGAUCAGAAUGUCCGGCAGGAACAUAUUCCUUCAUAUGGAAUUCAACUCAAUGACAUGCUUGUGAAGAUAAUGCAGCUUGUCUAGGCAAACAGAAAAUGGAGAUUGCGAAAGGCUACUGGAGAAAUUCACUGAAUUCAACUAAGAUUGUCGAAUGCAUCCAACAAAAAGCAUGAAAUGGGGGAUACCAUCCUGAGAAUAUUCAUCCAGUACAAUGAGCAGAAGGAUACACCGGAAAGUUGUGCUCAAAAUGUAGCGUUACUAAAGAUAAGAAAUAUCACAAAAUCAGCGAUUUCGAGUGUCAAGUGUGACCAAGUCCGGUUCUGAAUUCACUUAGAGUGUUUGCUUUGAUACUGCUUGUGUUUGUAUUCUUCAUGAUUCUGAUCAUCACCAACAUCAGGAAGACAAGUGAAAGCCAGCUCUCAAUACUGAUGAGAAUCAUGACCAGUUAUUUACAAAUUAUCACUACUUCGAUGUCCAUGACGACCAAGUAUCCGUCUUCUCUGGCAGAUAUUUUUGUGCCGAUUAAUAGGAUCGGAGACUCAUCUCAAGCCUUCGUGUCGUUUGACUGUUUUAUCACUGGCUACGAAAUUGAGGAGCCUUUCGGCUCGAAUGCCGUUCUCAAGCUGUUCCUAAUGCUACUAUUGCCUUUGACAAUAUUCCUUGUAGUGACUUUUAUUUGGAUAGUUAUCUUGAUACUUAAUAGAAGAUGGGUGACAGAUCUCAAAAGAAACUUGGUCAUAUCUUUCAUCAGCAUCUUAUUCAUAUUGCAUCCCAAACUAACAGAGUCGUCCAUCAAUGCUUUUAGAUGAAUUUCAUUCGAGGAGGAAUCAUAUGCAGCUAGAAUCGACACCGAUCUUGUGUGCUAUUCGUUUGAUCAUUUAAAAUGGUGAAUCUUGAUUUCAUUGCCAAUCCUCAUAAUUUGGGUGAUUGGGUUCCCUACAUUUGCUUUGGUCAUGUUAUACAAAGCAAAGAAAGCCAAGAAUGAGAGAAUUCUGGGAUAUUUUCUGAUUUUGUAUCAAGGCCUUAAAGACAACAUAUUCUAUUGGGAAUUUAUCAACACUCUCAGAAAGUUCUUAGUUGUGGUCUGAUUCCUACUGCCCACAAACUACAAAAUUGCUUUAUCAAUGAUUAUCAUGAUUAUUAGUGAAAGAGUGGAAACCUACUUACAGCCUUACAAACUGCCAGAGAACAACACAAUUGAGAUACUCGCAAUUGUUGCUGGAAUUGUGACUCUGAAUGCAGGGUAUGUCUACGAACAGAAUGAAGAAAUCAGCAACCUUAACUUGGUAGUUCUUGUUGUAGUUGUAUCAAUAAACGCUAAAUUUAUACUUGAAUGGAUAUAUCGAUGUAUUGAGUCAUUCCAAGCAAGAUAUAAGCCUGUCAGAAAGCUUUACUUGUGAUUUGCUAGAGUUUUAUGAAAAAAACCAAAUACAGAAAUAAAAGAACAGAGAGCACAUGCUCCCCAAAAUAAAUCUUUAUAUGAAGCCCAUCAGGUUAAAAUUUUGUCAGAGCAAAAAUCACCAAAGAAAGCUACUUCAAGACACAAAAGACGUAUCAAAGUUAUUAAGGGAUACAGAUCAAAAAGAAAGACUAGAAGAAGUCCCAGAAAACUGAAUCAAAAACAACAUGAAUAUCCUGCAAUGGCCUCAUCUAAUGCUCCUGAUCGUAGGUUAAACUCCAUCAGUAGUCGGUCAAACAAAAGUUCCUUUAAUCUUGUGACUCCAGGCUUAACAGAUACAAACGCCAAUCGUCAGAGGCUAGACGUAGUGGAGGAGCUGGAGAGCAGAAACAUUGAGGAAGAUUAUCACAUAUUCAAAAUCAAAAGAUUAAAUUUCUAA